AUGGAAAAACAAAUCUGCUUGGUCAGGGACAAGAAGCCGGCUGCGUCGCCUUGCAGGUGCGGACAUUGCAAGCGCCUGGCGCCCGAGUACGAGUCGGCGGCCACUCGGCUGAAGGGCAUCGUCCCCCUCGUGAAGGUGGACUGCACGGCUAAUUCCAACACUUGCAACAAGUACGGGGUGAGCGGCUACCCGACGCUGAAGAUCUUCAGGAACGGGGAGGAGUCCGGAACUUACGACGGACCCAGGACAGCUGAUGGAAUUGUGAGCCAUCUGAAGAAACAGGCAGGGCCUGCCUCGGUUCCUCUUUCUUCUGAGAGCUUUGAGAAAUUCAUCAGUGAAAAGGAUGCUGCUGUAGUGGGAUUCUUCAAGGAGCUGUUUGGCGAUGCACAUUCAGAGUAUAUGAAAGCAGCAAGCAAUUUGCGGGACCAUUACCGCUUUGGGCACACCAGUGAUGAGGGGCUCAUUAAGAAAUAUGAGUCGGAUGGCGAGGGCAUCUUCCUGUUCCGUCCCCUGCACCUGGCAAACAAGUUUGAGGACAAUUCUGUACGAUAUACAGAAGAAAAGAUCACAACCGGCAAGAUAAAGAAGUUUCUUCAAGAAAACAUCUUCGGUUUAUGCCCACACAUGACUGAAGACAACAAAGAAUUGAUCCAAGGGAAAGAUCUUCUAGUGGCUUAUUACGAUGUAGACUAUGAAAAGAAUCCCAAAGGCUCCAAUUAUUGGCGCAACAGAGUGAUGAAGGUAGCUCGGAGUUUCCUGGACGCUGGACACAAACUUAAUUUUGCUGUUGCAAGUCGAAAGACUUUUGGCCAUGAACUCUCAGAGUUUGGGCUGGAUGGUUCUACCGGUGAUGUCCCUGUUGUUGCUAUCAGGACAGCCAAAGGAGAGAAAUUUGCCAUGCAGGAGGAAUUCUCCCGUGACGGCAAAGCCUUGGAGAGAUUCCUUCAGGAUUAUUUUGAUGGAAAUCUGAAAAGAUACCUGAAAUCAGAGCCCAUCCCAGAGAGCAAUGAUGGUCCAGUGAAGGUAGUUGUGGCUGAAAAUUUUGAUGAAAUUGUGAACACGGAGGGCAAGGAUGUGCUUAUAGAAUUCUACGCCCCAUGGUGUGGCCACUGCAAGAACCUUGAACCCAAAUACAAGGAGCUGGGCGAGAAGCUUAACAAAGACCCCAACAUUGUUAUAGCCAAGAUGGAUGCCACAGCCAAUGAUGUGCCUUCUCCCUAUGAAGUCAAAGGCUUCCCCACAAUUUACUUCGCCCCUGCGGGUAGCAAGCAAACUCCAAAGAAAUAUGAGGGGGGACGCGAGGUGAGCGACUUCGUCAGCUAUUUGAAGAGGGAGGCCACCUACCCGCCGAUUCUACAAGAAGAUGAAAAGCCCAAGAAAAAGAAGAAGGCGCCGAAAGAGGAUCUGUGAGAGCCUUGGCUGUUGCCUUGUCCGGAGAGGAGCCCAGCGGCUGCCGUGGGAGGGAGGCCAGGGCUCUGUGGUGCAGCUUCGUUGUUGGAAAGCCAAA